GGAAUUUCUAUUAUCUUUCUAGUUUCUUUCACUGGUUAUACUCCUGCAGGUAAGCCGAAAAUAUCCUCUCUUUGUUGAAGAGCUUUUCAUUCUCGUUUUUACUCUCUAGGGUUUUAUCUCAUCUCUGAGCCUGAGAGCAACAUUCGUUCUGGAAGCUUAUGAUCCUUUGGACCCAACUGGCAACAUUACUAUCAAAUGGGAUAUCAUAACAUGGACCGGAGAUGGCUAUGUGGCGACUGUAACGCUGUACAAUUUCCAGCAAUAUCGACACAUUCAAGCUCCAGGGUGGACACUUGGAUGGUCAUGGGCAAAGAGAGAGGUUAUCUGGGGAAUGAAUGGAGGCCAAACCACAGAACAAGGAGACUGUUCAAAAUUCAAAGGAAACAUUCCUCACUGCUGCAAAAAAACACCUUCUGUUGUUGACCUUUUGCCUGGAACGCCUUACAAUCAGCAGAUUGCUAACUGUUGCAGAGGAGGUGUGAUAAACUCGUGGGCUCAAGAUCCUGCAACCGCUGUUUCUGCUUUCCAGCUCACUGUUGGACAAGCUGGAACCACUAAUAAAACGGUCAGGGUACCCAAGAAUUUCACUCUCAAGGCUCCUGGACCGGGCUAUACUUGUGGCCCUGGGAAGAUUGUUAAACCGACUAGAUUCAUCGCUACUGACAAACGAAGAGCUACACAAGCAUUUAUGACUUGGAAUGUAACUUGCACGUACUCGCAGUUCUUAGCUCAGAAGACACCUACUUGUUGUGUCUCGCUUUCAUCGUUCUAUAACAGCACAAUAGUUCCCUGUCCAACUUGCUCCUGUGGAUGCCGAAACACUUCUCAGCCAGGGAACUGUGUAGACCCAAAAGGUCCACGGAUAGCUUCGGUUGUUCCAAAUUCCGGGAAAAACGCUUAUAUACCGCCUCUAGUCCAAUGUACAGAUCAUAUGUGCCCAGUGAGAAUCCACUGGCAUGUGAAAGUUAACUACAAAGCCUACUGGAGAGUUAAAGUUACCAUCACAAAUUUCAACUACAACAUGAACUAUUCGCAGUGGAAUCUGGUCGUGCAGCAUCCGAAUUUCGAUAAUCUCACUCAGACUUUUAGCUUCAAUUACAAACCCUUGACUCCUUAUGCUUCCAUAAAUGAUACUGGGAUUCUCUGGGGAAUAAAGUUCUACAAUGAUCUGUUGAUGCAAGCUGGACCGUAUGGUAAUGUACAAUCUGAGUUACUUUUCCAGAAAGAAGCAUCAGCUUUCACAUUUGAGAAAGGUUGGGCAUUUCCAAGAAGAAUCUAUUUCAAUGGAGAUAACUGUGUCAUGCCUCCUCCUGAUUCUUACCCUUGGCUGCCCAACACCGGUUCACACAAACCAAUCGGAUCUCGGCUCGUGGCAUUAAUCUCGAUGUUACUGACUGUGUUCUUACAUGGAAACAUGUAAGAAUCAUUAAUUUGUAGAAUAGAGCGUCUUCUGCAGUUCUUGAUCUGAUGAAAACCCAUCAGAGAUAAUAUUUGUGUCUCCUCUCGUCUGUAACUCUUCUUGUAAAACACUAAUGUGAUCUUAGAAUGUUCAGUAGAUCCAGUUGAUAACGGCUGGUUUGUUCUU